AUUGUGGGAAGAUGGUUGCUGUCUGCUAAGAUACAAAUUUCGUCUGGUUUUUCUCGAUUAUCAACCGUGAUGUGGGUGUUUGGAUAUGGUUCGUUGCUCUGGAAGGUAGACUUUCCGUACAAGGACAAGAAGAUGGGAUACAUCGAGGGAUUUACUCGCAGAUUUUGGCAGGCGAGCCACGAUCAUAGGGGAAUCCCAGAAAAGCCUGGACGCGUAGUUACACUUGUACCUUCUACAGACCCAAAGGAGAAGUUAUGGGGAAUGGCAUAUGAGAUUGCUGAGGAAAAUGUUGAAGACGUUAGCAAACACCUUGACUUUAGGGAAAAGAACGGAUACCAGUCAUUUUCUGUGCAAUUUACUCCAAAGGAUGACCAAGCCAAGUUUAACUUAAAGAUCUACAUUGCCACAGAGGAUAACUUUGCUUUCUUAGGGCCAGCAAAAUCAGAAGAAAUCGCAGCUCAAAUUUAUGAAUCUGUUGGGCCAAGUGGAAAAAACACUGAAUAUUUGUUUGAAUUGGCCAAUUCAGUUCGAAAUCUCUUCCCUCACACUGCAGAUGAUCAUUUAUUUGAGUUGGAGAGGCUCGUGAAACACAUGUGUUCUGCCAGUUGUACAACCUCUUAGUAGAUAGGAAGCCUGAUGUUUGGUGGGGGAUCUUGCUUAAUUCCAAAU